AUUCUGUUCAGAGGAAAAAGAAAUACCAUUGUGAAAUCAGUGACAUUCGGCGCCGCCGUUCGCUUGUCCGCCUGGCUGAUGUCAUCGACCGGAGUUCAAUUCAGGGUGAACUUUCUUUUUAAGCUUUUUUUCCGUGUCCGUUCAUGCGGGUUUUGGUGCUUGUAAAUAAUGUCGAAUACCUCUUCGUCUGAAGAACCUACAGUGGUCAAUGCACUAAAGACUGUAAAAUUGGAGGAUUUCAAAGACGUGCCAAAGAUCCCAUGUGCACGUAACGCCUUUUUAUAUGGCAUGGGUGCCGGUGUAAGCGUGGGCGCAGUACGAUUUUUGGCGAAACGAUCGAUUCCUACGGCUGCAAAUUGGGCAGUGGCUGCUUUCUGUGGUGUGGCAGCGGUUUCGUUUGAAAUGUGUCAAAUGGAAAGAAAGCAGAAACUGGAAAAAUUGCGGAUGAUUAUCAAAGCAACGGAUUCCAACGGUCAAUCCCGUGCGGGCGAUCGUCCCUUGAUUGUGGAUCAAUCAGGCAAACGUGGCGCUUUUCAUGUGAUGGUGGAAACUCCUCCUUCGUCAGACAAAAAGGACGAAUGAAGAAAAAUAAUCAAAUUCAUCCUAUCACUGCUUUUCAUGCCAUACCAUCCCGACGUUUCCCGUUCUGUUGAUCUCAUUUUCUUUUUAUCUCUCUCUUUUAUUUCUGUAUAGAUACGUUAGUUAUGGAUAAUGGACAAACUGGGAUUUACAGCGCAUCGUGCUGC